GAGCGGUGGAAGGAGCCCCUCGACGUCGACCCGAGGGCCCUUGCCGACGCCAACCCUGGACAGGCGGGCCGCGCGGUGCGGCAGAACCGCGGGGCCCAGACCGCGGAGGGCGGCAACCCCAAGAAGAGACGGGCGCUCCCGGAGAGCACCCAGCCCAGCAAGAAGAUGAGAAGCGCUGCCUAG